CUGGCCAAGUAUAAAGAAAGAAAGGAAGGGGAAAGAAAAAAAGAAAACCUAAUUAAAAGUGCUCGCUCAGAGGAGCCACUGAGGUAAACUCUCCUCCCUCCGUGUUGCCCCACCCUUGCUAUGAGCCAAGUCCUCCUGCCGACGGGAGGAGACAACAGGAGCCUGAGUUAACAAAAAAAAAAAAAAGGAGCGAGCGAGAGAGGUGAAAACAAAAGUCACCUCCUCCUGCUAAUCCACUAUCACCGCUGCCACCCUUGCAACUACUGCCGCUGCUGAGACAGGCGGGCAACCUGAGACUCACCUGGUCGCCGUCGCCAGCCUCUCGUCGCGCCUUCGCGCGGAACUGCCGCUACCGGCCAGACACGUUUCCCGCCGAGCCCACCUUCUUGCGCCCCCACCCCCAAUAAAACCCGCAACCGGCUGAAACAUGGCCUCGAUAGCACGACCAAGGGACAGAGGUGGCCUGUGCAGAGCCGCCUGCCUCCAGGUCCUCGUCGGCCUCCUGGUACUAAGUUUACUUUGUGAAGCUUGCAAGAAAGUGACUUUUAAUGUGCCUUCCAAACUAGAGGCAGGAGCAUUAAUUGGCAGAGUAAAUCUGAGACAAUGCCUUAGGACUUCUGACCUGAUCAGUUCAAGUGAUCCUGACUUCUUGGUUCUAGAAGAUGGUUCUGUGUAUACAACAAAUGUUGUUUCUUUGUCUUCGGAGAAGAAAACUUUUAUGAUAUUGCUUAAGGACAUGCAAGAUCAUCAGCAAAAGAAAAUACAUGUUAAUUUGCUAUCACAUCCCAAAAAGACUCAUAAAACAGGAGAAACUGUUCUUAGACGAAGUAAACGAAGGUGGGCUCCUGUUCCAACCAUUAUAAUGGAAAACUCACUGGGACCUUUCCCGAUGCAAAUUCAGCAGUUGUCUUCUGAUACAGCUGAAAAAUACAACAUCACCUAUUCUAUAAGUGGUCCUGGUGUUGACCAACCACCACAAAAUUAUUUUUACAUUGAGCGUGAAACAGGAAAUCUCUUUGUUACUUGCCCAAUAGAUCGGGAAGAGUAUGUAGAAUUUCAGAUCAUAUGCUAUGCUAGGACAUUAGAUGGCUACACUCCAGAGAUACCACUUGUACAUAUAAUCCGAAUUGAGGAUGAUAAUGACAACCCCCCAGUUUUUAACCCCAGUACUUGUACUUUUAUUAUUGCUGAAAACAGCAGAGUUGGUACCUUAAUUGGACAAAUAACUGCAACAGACAGAGAUGAACCUGAUACAUUGCACACAAAACUGAAAUACAGAAUUGUGGGCCAAAAUCCUCUACCUUUUCAAGGUGCCAAUAUAUUCAGUAUAAAUCCAGAUACAGGUUCUAUUACGUUGGCAUCGCCAUUUCUGGACAGAGAGAAUAUACAACAAUUCACAAUACUGGUAGAAGCAAGAGAUAUGGGAGGUCAGCCCUUUGGUUUGUGCACUACUGGAACAGUUGUAAUUCAGGUUGAAGAUACAAACGAUCAUGCACCCAUGUGUGAACACAGCAUGUAUGAAGCGUAUGUUUCUGAAAAUACAAUUGAUGCAAAAGUAAUGGACAUUGGUGUCGUAGACAAAGAUUCACCUGGAACACCAGCCUGGCAUGCUACCUUCAACAUUAUAAGGGGAAAUGAAGAUGGUGCUUUCAAAAUUAUAAAAAAUCCAGACUCAAAUACUGGUACUUUAUGUAUUGAAAAGGGACUAGACUAUGAGAAAACCAAGGAGAGAAGAUUGGAAAUUGUUGUAAAUAAUGAAGCACCUUAUAUUUUGGCACCAAAUUCAAGAGCAAUUUCUACAAGUACUUGUGUGGUUGUUGUCAAAGUACGGGAUAUAGAUGAAGGGCCUGUUUUUGAUCCUUGUGUAUAUAUUUUAAAUAUCAAGGAAUGUUUGGAAGCUGGAACAGUGGUUGGCCAAUACCUCGCAAGGGAUCCAGAAACCGGAAACAGUGAAGGCAUACGCUAUGGAAUAAUAAAUGAUCCAUGUAAUUGGGUCACCAUCGACAAUGUAGGUCAGAUCAGAACCACUAGACUUUUAGACAGGGAUGACCCACAGAUGAGACGCUACCAGUGUAACGUAACAGUCUCUGCAACAGACCGAAGUGGUAAAACAGGCACUGGAACACUAGUGAUUAAUCUGUUAAAUGAGAAUGAUAAUUUCCCAGUGAUUGUCAAUAGAAACUACGUAAUUUGUAGAGACAGAAAACCAGUUUGUAUUACUGCCGUGGAUGCUGAUUCAGAAGGUCCUAGAGAAAGGUUCUCAUUUUCAAUUAAUGACCCACAAUGGAGACUGACACAACAUGAUGAAAAAUCUGCAUACCUGGAACCAGCAGCUAAUUUAGCAGAUGGUGAAUACACAGUUGAGGUCAUGGUAACUGAUGCUGAAGGCCACUCUGGAAUCUCUAAAGUUUUCAUUUUACUGUGUGAUUGUACCACCCCUAGUGACUGUACUUAUACACCACGAGUACCAUUUCCACAGCGGACACCUAAUGUUACUCUUGGUCUUUGGGCCAUUCUUGCGAUGAUUUUGGGAUCAUUAUUGCUGUUAUUAAUCCUGAUAACACUUUGUAGCUGCUGGGGUGCUGCCCCUAUGAGUACUAGUAAGCAUGUGUGUGAUGAUUUAGCUAAUCAGAACUUAAUCAUAUCAAACACUGAAGCACCUGGAGAAGAAGUAAUGGAUCCCAAUAUACUUCCUGUGAAAACAGGAAAUGUGGUUACUUGUGACCAAGGGGCUGUUGGAGUAAAAACUGGAGGACAGGAAUGCUUUGAAAUGGUCAAGGGAGGAGGACACCAGACACUGGAAUCAGUCAAGGGAGGAGGACACCACACCUUAGAAUCUGUCAAAGGACUUGGACACCACACACUGGAAUCUGGAAGGGGAUAUGGACAGUCUGCAAUGGAUACAUAUAGAUACAGUUAUUCAGAAUGGCAAAAUUUUACACACCCUCGCCUAACUGAGAAGGUGUAUCUGUGUGGACAGGAUGAAGAGCAUAAGCAUUCCGAAGACUAUGUCAUUCCAUAUAACUAUGAAGGAAGAGGAUCUGCGGCUGGCUCUGUAGGCUGCUGCACUGAUCAGCAAGACGAAGAGGCACUUGACUUUUUAGAUCAUCUGGAACCCAAAUUUAGGACAUUAGCAGAAACCUGUGUAAAGAGAUAAGUGUGUUGACAACAGUGCGCAAAAAUAGUCACCCUUUCCCCAGGGUAGCAAAUUGAAUACAGUAUAUUGGUUUUUUUCCCCCCUUUCUGGUGGGAGUGGUUAAUCGGAAUACAUUCUAACCUUAGGUUUGUCAGUAUCAAGCUUUCUGUACCUAAACUUCAGGGUGCUGUAUGCUAUCUGACCUAUAUGUGUACUGUCUUAGAUUUACAUUGAAAAUAUUUUUUAAACCAAAUGUACAGUCAAUAUCGUAAUCAAACUGCUUUCAAAAUAGCAACAGAUUUUCUGUUUUUCUCUGCAUCUACUUUUACAGGAAGGCAAGGUGUAUUUACCAUUUUAAGAAAUAAGCUUCAAAAAUUGCUGGUUGUUUGGUCUGGGUGGUGAUAAGUUUGGUUUGAUUCACUUAAUUCUUUCCUCUAGUUUCAUAGAAAUAAAUGCUAAAUACUAUUGCUGAAUGUUAAAAUAGUUAUUCAUUUCUUGCAUUCUUAAGAAAACUAAGGCUUUUAUAUAUGUAUACUGUAUUUUGAAUCUAAAUAAUUGAUUUUUUUUUAAAAAAAGGGACCUGUAACAAAAUGUUGCAGCGUGGAGUGAUCUUGUUUAUGGUUUUAACUAGCCAUACCAUUUCCCAGUAUAGUCCAUAUCCCCCUUACCUCCAGUCCUCCCCCUCCAACAGACAGAUAUCUUUUUGUAGCCACUUACCAUGCUUACACCUCACUGGGCUGUUUGGAGUGCUGCUUCUUCUUCAAAAUCUCCCCAAGCCUUGUGAUAACCUUCCUAUUGAGUAUGGACAGUGCUGCUUUGAUUACAUAAGGAUUGGCGCUCAGAGAAUGACUUCAUUACUGGUAUUUAUAUAAUGGCUUGUGUAGGAGAGUGGAGCUAUCCUGCUAACAACUUUGUUGUUUUAGCAUUCCUAGAUGUUGCAGGGCAGUAGUGCGGUUGGGUUAUGUAGGCAUAUUGACUGAGUCAAUCUAACACACCUGCCGGUGUGCCCACACAGCUCCAUCCUCAGCGCUGUCCUCCUUCCCAACCAUGUCUAGAUAAGCUACAGUGACAUUGGCGUUAAGAGGUCAACUCUGUGGCUCCGCUCCACUCCGCUCCAUGGGCCACUCUGGAGUGUGUAUGAUAUGGUAGAUGAGAUUAAUUAGACAAAACCUCUUACUUUAGAAAAUAGGAGGGGGAAAUAGGGAAAUGUUUCAAUAUAUAUAUGUAGCACAUCUAAACUGUUUCCUCAUACUGAAUUUUUGUGUUCACCAAAUCUACCAGCUUAAGUAUGUGUAUACAAAACCACUGCAGCAAUAAGUAGAGAAAUGAAAAUGUGAUAUUCACAUUCACAUGCCAUUGAAAACAGUGGCAAAGACCACAGUUUCACCCAAUACUUUAAUUUUUUUCCAGGUAUAAUAGUGAUAUUUGCCACUCUAGUCACCUAAUGAGUACUGCUGAGUGUUAUAAAAUGUUAAGAUAACCACACUGAAAUUAUAGAUAUGAGUUGUGGGAAACUGCUAGCAUCCAGGCAUUAUUGCCUCCUCCUGUCUUAGGCAAAGAGGGGAAUUAAACUGGGAGAAAUGAAGGGAUGAUCUGUGUUGACUAUCACAUGGUGACUAGCGCUUUUCCAUUUGCAUGCAUGAACAUACCCAUUGUGUACAGUUCUGAUGGAAUAAAUGCUGAUCGAUAUUUUAAUAUGUCUCUACACACAAUUUGUUAGUGAAUUUGAGAAAAGUGUAUGAUGUUGGAAAUUUGAAAUGAUAAAUAAUGAGAAGGAGGCAUGUUGCAGCUACUGUUUGGAAGUUCCCUGUUAUACAUUAAACUCCAACAACACUGAUUUUAAAAAAACAAAUGUUAUACUGGCUGCAACUCUUUACUAGAUAUGAAUAGAAUUAUAAUGAAAGGGUUUUAUUCUCAUCAAGUUAAUAUCUUUCAUUUGGGCUUUUCUUCCAUGCUUUAUUAUGCACAUGUACACACCAUUGAUCGGAGAAUGACAGAAAAUUGCUGUAACUUUGUAUAGAACAAUGAGUAGUGGUUGCUUCUGGUGUACUAAGAUCUUAAAACACUGAGGAGAGAAACUGUUAUUUUGAUGAUACUGGUUUCUGAAUUAUUCUGUCUCCUAUUAGUCUUAUAGCCUUUCAUGCAAUACAGACAUUUUUCUCUGGGUCUGCAGAAUCCAGAGAAGAUUUUGAAAAAGUGUUGCAAAUCAUCACAAAGCCUUAAAUCAAUAAAUAUAGGUUGUAGAAUCUGGGUAUUUUCAGGGGUUGGGUUUCUAAUGCACAGAUUUCUGAAGUCACUUGUACAUCUACUUAACACUUGCAUACAGCCAUGUAAACCAGUGAGUGCUAGUAAUAAACAGCCCCUGCUUUGGAAAUCAUAGCCCUGAAUCGGCUAACAUUAAUUAUGAUGAAGUGCCAUUGAAAUAAUUGGGAUUUAAGUUAGUUAUGAAUACUUUCUUGCAUUGGCUUCAGUGGGACAGGAAUGACUAACUUAGCUAAAUUGUGGCCCUUAUAGUGAAAUUGACAAAAAAAGAGUAAAAACUGAGGCAAAAGAUGAAACAGAAACAAGAUGAAUGGAUUAUAUCAAAACUACAUUCUAUGUAUUUUUCUGGCAAGAAUGAUACAAAAGAAAAGAGGGGAGAAAUCUCAGUUUGGCUGGUUUCUUUUUAAGUUUUGAGAAGAAGUAAAAACAAAAGUAGAGGCCAUUCUGCUUAGUAUAUGAAUUGUUUGGAUAGUAGAUACAGUGCAGUAAGCAAAAUCUAAAGCAACAAAAAAUCAAUAUAUGGUAUCCUGAAGUAAUUCUGCUACAAUGAAAGCUGACUAAAGUAGCAAAGAGCCCUACCGAGUAAGGGUUUUUCUAUGUUUUGGGCUAGGCACUCACCAGUUUAAAUCUGCCUAUGUACAGCCUAACUACUUUCACAUUUUUCAGUGUUAAUGGCUAUUGCAUUGAGUCACAACAGCUAUAAGUCUAAUGCAGCAACUUAAAAAAAGAACUCCAAAAGAGUAUUCACUGGUAUGUAUGACUAUUACAGAAGUUUUUAAUUCAGCUAUUUCCCCUCAUUUCUAUAACAUCUAAAUAUCCAAGAUGAUUCAAUUCAAAAUUAUUGGAGAAAAUGGAAGCCUCCAGAAUAAUACUUCACUUUGAGAACCUUUAUGAUUUUAAAAUGGAAACCAGACUGGUUCUGGAAUUUGUCACCCCAUCCCCUGCUAAUUCUGACUUGUAUCAAUGAAUGGUUUAUUGAAGCCAAAGCAAGUCUUACAAAUGUAUUCUGGUUUUUUAAAAAAACUAUUUAAAUUGCAAAAAGCCAAUGAUAAAUUAAGAAAAUGAAAAAAUAGAAAUGUUACCAAGUAUAGAACAUAAUGAAAUAAAAUAUGAAUUUCAUAUCAAAUCAUGCAAUACCAUCUCUGCUUCCUUAAUUUAGGUUAUGUUUAUAAAAGGAGUUGCAGUGUGCUGGUGAAGUGUGCAAUACUAAGUGGAGAAUGAAGUGGCAGAUGAUAUGCCCCUUGCAAAUCCCUGCUGGUCUGUGCUGCUGGUGGACAGAUAGGGUAGAUUUAGAUUUGUGUCCUCAUUCACCCACCCCCCAGUUCUAACCCUCUCCAGCCAAUGGAUCUGUGAGUUAGAAUUGCUCUGAGUGAAAAGAGCCAAGAUGCCCCCAGUUCAAAGCUUAACUUGGCCAUAAAUUUAAUGGGUGAUGUUAGAGAACUUGCUAUCUUUCAGACCUCCAUAGUACAAUUGGUGGGCUAAUAAUACUGCUCUCCAUAUUAAAGCUGGUGCUGAGGCAUUGUAUGUAAAGUAGUUUGGGCACUCAGGGAAGUGCUGUAUAUAAAUGCAAAGUAUUAUUAGUUUAUUGUUUUUAGCAUUUUGGACAGGGUUGUUUCCCUACCCCCUUAACUAGUUUCCCCUAUUUGCUUGCUCUGCAUUUGGAUACAAACUGGUAGAAUUACAAAGAUUACAAGUAACUGUUUAAAUCUAGCAAAGCUUUCAUUUAACUAUGUUAUUAAUAGGGUUUCUUUGUUGCUGUGGUGUGCAAAUUUGGUGCCUUUCCAAGCUGUAUUUGUUUCUCACAGACACCUUGAUGAGAAGAUCAAGCAUGGUGAAAAAGCCUCUCUGAAAGUCAGAUUGUCAACCACUAUCCAUCUUCCAUUGCAGUGUGCAGGUCACAUGGGGCAAUGAUGAGGCAUAAUAGGCCUUGUUAGUAUCCCACAUGAACCACGUGUGUACCCUAGAAUGUGGCCAAACACCCCUUUAAAAUGCACUGGGGCUCUGUGGCAGACUACUUGAUAUGGAAAGGUUCCCUGAUAGUAGACAUAUUGAGAACCACUGGACUAGGCAAUCCCCUUGAGCUACAAAAUUGGCCAACUGGGAGAGAUAAAAAAAGAAAAUAAUGUAUGAUUAAUAUGUAAAGUUGAGAGCUUUGUAUUAAAUAUUUAUAAAACUUUACAUGCUACAGGUGAAUAUAAUGUUUUAUGUUUAUCUCACUAACAAACUGCUUUGAGUCAAAAUGAAAAAUGAUUUGUCCUUUCCAACUGUGUUCUUCAAUAACUGUCUAGUUGUGCAAACAUCUUGUUUAAUUUCAUAUUUUAAAUACAUUUUGUACAAGAGUAAUAAAGUUGCUUUUAUUUCAAAAUAAAAUUUCUUGUAUGUUCUGUCUAAUGCUCAUUGUCAAGUACUGUUGCAAACAUUGGCAAAGUUUCACUAGGGGUGAAGCCUGGGCCUUUUCAUUGCUUAGGCUUUUACACUACUUUUUUCUUCUAUAUUGUUCAGAUGGCAGACAUUUCAUAGCUGUUGGGCCAUAUAAUAUCCUGGUUUCCAGAUAAUAUUAGGCUCAGCUUCCAGCAUUGGCAAUAUGUUUGGGCAGCAUAAUAUUCUGAAUUCUCAUAGAUCACUAAGCUACAGGGUAAAUUAAAAUGACUCACUCAAGGUCACUUUGCAGUACACUCUUUGUCCCCUUUUGCCCUUUCAACUGAUGUAGAAUUUUAAAAAAGAAAUAAACAGAUGUGGUUCAAAAAGUUUAA